GACGCCCACGGCGCGGGCAUGGCGGGCUGGUGGCGGGCGCUGGCGCGCGCGGCCCAACGCCACCCGUGGCCCACCAACGUGCUGCUCUACGCCGGCCUCUACUCCUCCGGCGACGCGCUGCAGCAGCGGCUACGGGGCGGCCCUGCCGACUGGCGCCAGACGCGGCGCGUGGCCACCCUGGCCGUAACCUUCCACGCCAACUUCAACUACGUGUGGCUGCGCCUGCUGGAACGCGCGCUGCCGGGCCGCGCGCCGCGCACCGUCUUGGCUAAGGUGCUGUGCGACCAGACGUUCGGCGGACCCGUGGCCCUCUCGGCUUUCUACGUCGGUAUGAGCAUUCUCCAAGGAGAUGAUGACAUAUUUCUGGACCUGAAACAGAAAUUCUGGAAUACAUAUAAGACUGGUCUGAUGUACUGGCCCCUGGUACAGCUGACCAACUUUGGCCUCGUUCCUGUUCACUGGAGAACAGCUUACACUGGACUCUGUGGCUUCCUCUGGGCCACCUUCCUUUGCUUCUCUCAGCAGAGUGGUGACGGCACACUGCGGUCGGCUUUCACUCUCCUUCGCAGAAAUGAAGCCGGGGCAGUUGGGAGGCCCCCGGAGAAGUGAGGGGUCGACAGCUCCCUUAAAGUGACCACAUUUUGCUUUUCUAAAAUGCACUGGGUGGCCUGUGGAGAAAUACUUGACUUCCCAGUCGUGUGCUGCAUUUUGAAGAAUUACUGUUCCACAGGCUCACUUGCUCUUUAAUUACCAAUGAUUAUUUACGUGUAUUCAAACCCCUCCCCUCUUCCAGUCUGAAAGUCUUAAUUCCUGAAUAUUUUCACUUCUCUAAUAUUUUGAUUAAUAUUGAUUAAUAUUGUAAAAGUGGCAGAUGUCCAUUUUAGAAUAAUUAAUAUUUAUAAUCUUAUAUUUUGAUGCCAGUUGAUUUCAGGAACUCCACUUUUGAUUGUCUACUUCUGUAUUUUAAAACCUCAGGUUAUCUCCUUAACACUUUUGGGUCAGAUUGCCUUUAGUACCACAAAUAAUCCUUAUAGUACAUUUCUACUUACAUACAACUCAGUCAAUGAGAAGACUGAAUAAUUUGAUCCUUCCCAUACCAUAUACUAAUUUAUUGUUAUGCUGAUACUAAGAUACUAUAAGUACAUUUUAAUCAUCAAAA